UCGGGCGGCGAGCGAGUGCUCUGGAGGGUCCGCGGAGCUUGGGAGGGGUCCCCCAACACUUAUGCCCCGGCCUGUCUUCAUACUCCCCCGUGCCUGGGAGCACCCCAGUGCCUGCCCCGCUCUCUCUUUCCCACAUUGGGGGGUGUCCUGGCUGCCCCCCAGCCUUGUCCUCUCCCUCUAUGUUCCAGGCAAGGCAAUGGCGGAGGGUCCCCAGCAGCUGCUGGAAGUGUGCGGGCAGAGGCUGUCCCGCUUCCUCUCCGACGCCCAGCACAAGCACCUGGCCUGGCUGCGGGAGGUGGAGGAGCAGGGCAUGAGGAUGCUCAAGAGCAGCUUCAGGGAUGAGCCCAUGCUCUUGCCCAAAACGCCGUCGCAGAGGAGGAAGAUCAGGAAAAGGCAGUCCUCCUGGAUGAGGGAGGAAAGCAAGGAGCUGAGCAGGAGGAGGUUAUCCAGAAGGAGGAGUGGUGUCAAGCUGCAGUCUUCCAGCCUGAACUCCCAGCAGUGCCUGAGCCAGGAGCAGCCCCGGAGCCCUGGCUGUGAGGAGCAGGAUGUAUCCGUGCCCGGCUGUGCUCCGGGAUCUCAGGCUGGCAUCACACCCCAGCUCCCAGCUCUGCCCGGGACGCAGCCUGAGGAAGCACGUGUUCCCGUGGCAGAUCUGGAUUGCCAGGAGUGUCCCCAGCCUGCUGCUGGGGGUGAUGCAGCCCCUCCAGCAGUUUUGGGGGAGCAGCUGCCUGAGGUGGACGCAGCAGCCGAGCUCCAGGACAUCCCUGGUGUCCCUGGGAUCCCGACUGAAAGGCCAGGAAGGGAUGGGGAGCAGGAUCCCAGGAGAGCCAGCACGUCCACUCCCAAGGCCGCUCAGAAUGGUGAUCCUGCUGCACUCCAAGGAGAUGCACCUCAAGGCCUUGAGACACUGCUCUUCCAGGACUCCCCCAGUAAAAGUGUGACACAGAAGUCCAGGACGCGCCGCCGGAGCGGGCUGGGUGCCCCCCGCAGGAGCCAUAGGGCUUCCCUGGCAGAAAAGUGCUCCCUGGCCAGCAGGAGGGAGAACAUGAUCCGGAGAUCCAUCAGCAGGGCCAGGAAGGCAGCGGCUGGAGAAUCCUCCUCGGCCUCCAGCAGAGUGAGCUGUCAGAGCUCCUUGGAGGCUUUUGUGGAAGAAGAUGUGACCAGCAGCACAAGGCCUGAGCUGGAGCCAAAUUCCCCGAGGGAAAAGGCUCCUGGAGAUGUCCUUGUUUCAAGCACAAGUCCCCAGGCUGCCAGCCCUCCUGCACAGCACCUGUCCACUCUGGAGCAGCAAGCAGGGAAUGCUGCAGGAAGCCAUGUAAAUCCCAACAGUGAACCCCAGAAGAGCCAGGAACAAUCCCACUGUGCCAAGCCCCUGGAGAAUUCCUCCCGCAUGUGGAUGAAAGGCUGCAAGCAAGCCCUGGGUGUCCUGUGGCACGGGCAGCAGAUGGGGACCCGGGCCCUUUCCCCUUUGGACGAGAAGCACAAGACCUUGGCGAACCAGGCUCCAUCAUCCCCCUCUCCGGCCAGCAAGGCUGUCAGGCCACUGAAGAACUUCCUGCAGGGACAAGGGAGUGGCAUCAAGGACUUCAUCAAGCGCAACACUCCCACCCGGCCCCACCUGAAGGGAGACUUCGUUGAGAAGGAGAGGCAGAGGCUGGAGAACCUCCGGAAGAAGCAGGAGGCUGAGGAACAGAGGAAGAAGAAAGUGGAGGAGGAGAAGAGACAGCGUCAGGCAGAAAUGAAGCAGAAGAGGGAAGAGCGCCUGAGGAAGGCCCUGCAGGCUCGAGAGCGUGCAGAACAGAUGGAGGGAAAGAAGAAAAAGCGGAUGGAGCAGAAGAUCCUGCACAGUGAUGAGAAGUUGCACAUCUCACAGGUGAGGGAAGAGAAGGUGGCAGAGGAGCGGAGCAAGAGGAAAGGGUCCAAGAAACACGGGGAAGCGGAGGCACGGAAGCAGAAAACCCUGAGAGGGGAGGAAAAUGAUCAGCAAGAACCACUGCAGAAAAGAAGAGAGGAUGAAGUGAAGGAAAGGGGGAAAACAGUUUUGGAACUGAAGAACCUUCUGGAGCGGAAACAGCUGGGACAAGCGAAGGAGAGGUAUCCCAAGCAGCGAGGGAAGGAGAAGCCCCCCCAGGCAGAGCAGGAGCCAGCAGCAUUGGCUGGCAAGGCCACCAAGGGGAAACAAAGUCCCGAAGAGCUGCCUCUUGGGCCUGGGCUGGAGAAAAGAUAUGAGCCACCAGAAUCCUUUUUCCCAGCUCUUAAUGUCUGGCUCCAAGCAGAGAGGGAGGCUGAUGGUCAGCAGCAGCUGAGAGAGGAGAAAAAACCCAUUCCACCAGCCGCCCCUGGGACAGGGCUGAAUAAAGCCGUCAAGAAAUCCCUCUCCACAUCCUGCCUCGGGUCCCUGAAGGAUGCUCAAGGACCAGAAUCGCCCCCGGCCAAUGAAAACAGCUACGGGCUGGAUCUGAACAGUGAUGACUCCACAGAUGAUGAGAGCAACCCUCGGAAGCCCAUCCCUGCUUGGGCUGAUGGGGCGCAGCUGCAGCAGGCCAUCGUGCACCAGUACUACCACCCGGUGGACCUGGACGCGCUGUUCGGGGCCAUCCCCAGCCCCAGGCUGGAGCACAUCUUCUACAAGAGCAAACCCCGCUACUUCAAGCGCACGAGCUCGGCCGUGUGGCACUCCCCGCCCGGCCCCUCCUGCGGCCCCUCCUGCGCCUUCCAGAGCUGAGCCAAGGUGGUUUCUAAGAGGCUGUGUUAUAUUUACCCUGUGUUUACAAUUUUAACUUUUUAUUCUUUUUUUGUACAGAAAUAAAGUUGUUUAAUAAAGUCCAGCACUCACUGGGUGUGUCUCCUUUCCCCUACCUUGGUGACUGUUCCUUUUGCCUUGCAGAAAUCAGAGUUACUAAUCUGCAACCAGAGCCAUUUCCUAGUCUGCCUCGUUUCCUAUUCACUUAGGGUAUUCUCUU